AUGUGGAAGAGUUCAGACAUCGAGCAGGCGCAUGGGGUGGUGGAGGUUGCUGCAGAAGCGCUGGACCGGGAGGUUGAGCUCGUCCUGAAGCGCCUGGCAACCAACCCGGUGGAGAUGAAGCGGGCGGUGGUGAGCAAGGAGAGGGAUGGCAAGUCCCAGCGCACGAAUGAUCUGGUGGAGGCAGUCACGAGCGCGCAUGUGGUGGAAGCCGUGGCAAAGCAGAAGCGAGUCGACCUCGUUGAGCAGCUGCUCUACAUGGACCCCAUCCGAGAGAUAGGGGAGUUUGAUGUGCCACUGCGGAUGACAUAUGCGGAUGGCAGAGCGCCUACUUUUAGGCUCAAAAUCGUGCCUACUGCCUCAUCGUGA